AUGUGCCAUAUUCUCAAGCUUGUUGUUAAAGAAAGCUUAAAGGAAGAAGAAAUAAGUUCAUUACAAAAAAAAGUCUAUAAAAUUAUGAAAUACUUAUUUAAUCCAUUAGCUAGUAGUAGAUUGGAAGUAUUAGAAUUAUAUUGCCGAAUUUCUAAAAUAGAUCCUUUGCGACCUAUUCUCAAAAUAGAUACACAUGAUAUAGAACUUAUAGCCCUUGAACAGUUCUGUCAGCUCCUUAAGCCAUUUGAGAAUGCUAUGUUAGCUCUUUCUGAAGAACGAUCAAAUUUGAUUUCUGAUGCAAUAACAUUAGAGCACUUAUAUGCAACCUUAAUUAAAGUUAGUAGAUAUAGUGAAAAUGAUGUGGAAUUGUUUGUUGAGAAUAUUCAGAUAAAAAUUAUUUCAUAUGGAAUGAAAUAUACAAGUAAAGCUGUUGAAAUAGCUAAAGCUAUUGAAAAAGUUAGAACUGUUGAAAUUAAUGAUAAUUCUAUGGAUGAUUUCUUAUAUCCUAGAAGAAGAAUAGAAAAUAAAGGAAUAAUACUUUGGGAAUCUUUAUCAAAAAGAUUCCCAAUACUUGCUAGAAUGGCACGCAAUUAUUUGUAUAUUAAGCCUUCAAGUGUUUCUAGUGAAAGGGCCUUUUCAAGAGCAGGUUUUACUAUUACUAGUAAUAGAGCAUCCAUUAGUGAAGAACCGGUAUCAAGCACAAUACUCCUGCAUUCAUGGCUAAUAGAAAGCCAAAAUAAGUUUAGUUCCCUUCAAGACCUUCCUUUCUGA